UAUUAACUCUAGCAAGACAAGCUCCGGCUGGAGAGGAGAGCAACUCUAGCAACAAUGGUGGAAGAAGAAGAAGACUCAUUAAGCCCUAACAACGGCGCAAAUCCUUCUGAUGCCUCAGAACAAGCCCGUCAGAAGAAACAUGCCGCGAUGCUCGAGCGCCUCGCCAAUCGUCAGCACACUCGCAGCUCGCUCAGCCGCAGAUCGGGAGAGUCCGAUGUCUCCUCCGCCUCUCCUCCUUUCGAGUCCACUUCCUCCUUCCUUUCUCGCUUCAUCGAUUCCAAACGCUCUAUCGAGGCCCAAAUCGCUCAAUCCCGACUCACCCCGACGCCCGAGUCGACUCAACUCAAACCCCACCUCGACGCCAUCUCUGCUUCCAUCUCCGGUCUCGAAAAGCUCGUCGCUGAGAACUCAUACUUUUUGCCUUCCUACGAAGUUCGAUCAUCGCUCAAAGCCAUCUCGGAUUUGAAGCAGAACCUCGACAGUCUGAGCUCCGAUCUAGUUCCCAAAAAGAAAUUCUCUUUCAAGAACAAAGCUCCGAAGAAAGACCACCCCGGCCUUGAUUCAAACAGAGAGAAAGAGGCUGAAAUUGUCAAACCAGAGAAAAUGGGCUACGCGGUUCCGGAUUCGCCUGGGUUUCGAAACAAGACGGGCGAGGUUUUGGUGAUGAAAUUCAAUGGUUCCGAGAUCGGUGAGUUUACAAUUUCGGACCUUGAUUCUUGCGAGGUGAGGCUAAUUGGCUGUGUUAGAGCAUUGUUUGUUCACAGGCUUCGGAAUUGUCGAGUCUACGGAGGUCCUGUGAUGAAUUCAAUUCUGUUCGAGCAAGUUGAGGGUUGUGUUUUCGUAAUGGCGUCUCAUCAGAUUCGAAUUCAUCACGCCAAGGCCACUGAUUUUUAUCUCAGAGUCAGGAGCAGGCCCAUAAUCGAGGACAGUAGUGGUGUGAGGUUUGCGCCAUACUGUUUGGGAUAUGAUGGGAUUCAUAGAGAUCUUCAGGAGGCCAGCCUUGCUGAAGAGACUGGGAAUUGGGCCAAUGUUGAUGAUUUUCGGUGGUUAAGAGCAGUGCAAUCUCCGAAUUGGUCCAUUUUGCCAGAGAAUGAAAGAAUUGGUUUCGUUAACAUAACUUCAAAUUCGAAUUUGGAUACCAGAGCCGAAGAAAUUUAGAUUGUUCUUCAAGUAUGAGAGUUCAGAAAGACUUGGGGAAAUCCUAUGCCAUCUUUGCUCUACUUGUGGAAUUAAUAAUAUUAAGUGCUUCCAAUUUUUCCUCUCCUCUAGUUUGAGUAUUUUGUUUUUUGUUAAAUUGAGCAGAAUUCUCUGAAACCCAACAACUCCAACUCCAAGCUAAGUGAAGGCCAAUUUUCUCAAGGCAUUGUAUUUUACUUUUGCUAUUCUUGGGGAUAUUCAAUUGAUAAUUUAUAAGCUAUAUAUAUUUUUAUUGGAAAUACAUUCUUGUCAUUUAAGACAUCUUGUAAAUUUUCAAAAAAUUCCGAAUAGUUUACGGUGCCGAAAAUAAAGUUGUUGCACGCGUGUCUGUUUUUUUUAUAUGCGUCUGUAAAAUUCAACGGAAUUUUUUGAAAAUUUGCAGGAUUUAUUAAAUGACAACAAUGUACACUAAAAACUAUUUAAGUGUCGAAAUAUGCUCUGGAACCGAAGUGCUGCCCUGUAUAUAUAUAUAUUUGUUUAUUUCCGUUUCAA